ACCGCUCGCGACUCACCUCUCGACCCAAUCCCGAAUACCCACCAAACAAAAACUCAAAGCAGGUAUUCUCCAUCCCCAAUUCCCACCUUGAAACCGGAAUCUAAUGCAACCUUACAUCAGCUACCAUAACCUUUCUCAAUCGAAUCACCAGUAACACACCCCUCUUCCACUACCCACUCCCCCAUCAAACCACGACUAACUAAAGCCACUCAGUGCUUUUAAAGUCCCUUCCCGCUCUCGCCCUAUUGAUGGCCUUCGCUCACGCAGUCGCGCUACCCGAUUCGCUUGCGGAACCCGACUUCAGCAAACUCGAUAAGCGCGAUUGUAUUAGUGACGGCUGCUAUUGCAAAGAGGGGUCUGAAGGGGACUACUGCGGGUACUGCAUCCCCCUCCAGCCAGGGUAUUGCCCGGAUGGUGCCAACUGCGAGCAUUACUUGUACCAUUGCGGUUCCGGUAAAUGCUGUAGGUAUCAGAACGAAGAGAGCUGCAAGAGACUUACUCGGCGUUGUUAAAAUAUAUAUAUUUUUAUCUCAAAGACUGAGUG